CUGUCAACAGGAUUAUUAUUCAAAGACGAGCAUGACAUGUUCACCCAUAAUCAUUUUUUGCUCUAAAAUCAAAUGAUUGCAGUUUGUUCUACUGUCCUCAUAGACAGCGGAUACUCGAGGAUUUCUUCAUUAGGGGGAGAGAGUUUGAACUGUGACUGCAGGAUGUGUGGGUUGUUGUGCAACCGCGUUUCAACAUGAACAAAACCUAAAAUACUUGUGCUAAACAUAUCCAGAGACGCUAAUGAACGGUAAGGUGCAAAGAUGAGAAGGAAAAUCUUUCAGAUGAUAGUGCUACUUCUGACAGGUGUUGUAUGCCUGGUCAUUAUCAUGAACAAAAACAGUUUUGAAAGUGAAGUGACACUGAAGAGCAAAGACAGUUUCCCCAGAUACGAAACCAUCCAGCCUGUGUAUCCGGAUUGUCAGCAGAAUAUGUCUGCUUAUGAUGUGAAUGGAUUUUCUACUCUGCCAAAUCAUAUUAAAGACUUCCUGCUUUACCAACACUGUAGGAGUUUUCCCAUGCUUCUUGACCUGCAUAAUAAGUGUGGCGGACCGCAAAACUCUGCAAAUGUCUUCCUUCUGCUGGUCAUCAAGAGUUCUCCAGAGAAUUACGAUCGACGAGAAGUUCUGCGGAAAACAUGGGCUAAAGAAAGAUUGCACAAAGGUGUGUGGAUCCGGAGAGUCUUCAUUAUCGGAACAAGUGGAACUGGCUUUGAGAAGCAAAGGUUGAAUAAACUACUGAAGCUGGAGAACAGUGAGAACAAGGACAUUUUACAGUGGGACUUCAAUGAUUCUUUCUUUAACCUCACACUGAAGCAGAUCCUUUUCUUAGAGUGGAUGGAAAGAUGGUGCCCACACACCAGAUUUCUUUUAAAUGGAGACGAUGACAUUUUUGCUAAUACGUUUAACAUGGUUGAGUAUCUUCAAGGUCAGACGGGCAACGAUGGAAGUAAACAUCUCUUUACAGGGCACCUCAUCCAGAACGUAGGUCCUAUCAGACAUCCUUCAAGUAAAUACUAUAUCCCGGUGCAGGUUCAGGAGUCUGAAAGCUAUCCUCCGUACUGUGGCGGAGGAGGCUUUCUUCUCUCCGGCUUCACGGCAAAAACAAUCUACAGCAUGUCUCGUUCUAUAUAUCUGCUGCCCAUUGAUGAUGUUUACAUGGGCAUGUGUUUGCAAAAGGCUGGCCUCAAACCUACAUCCCACCUUGGUGUAAGGACUGCUGGUCUGCAUAUCCCUGCUGCAAACGUAGACAAAUUUCACCCUUGCUAUUACAGAGAAAUCAUUUUAGUCCACAGAUUUCUGCCGCACAUGAUUUUUGUCAUGUGGAAUGAAAUACAAAACCCACGUUUGCAAUGUGGAAGCACAAAAUCCUUAUAAAGACUCACAAAUUAACAGGGAGUGUGAUUACUUUAAAAGGGAAACAUAAUAGCUUGCUGGACAAUGUAAUACUUUUUUAAAACAUUCUAAAACAUGGCAAAAUGAUUGCCUUUUAAAAAUGUAAAAUAGUGGUCUAUUGCACUUCAGCCAUAAAGGGUGGUUGAUUCCUUUCUCAGAAAUUGUGAUUAUAGUCUUCGUGGUCUUUAUGCUUGUUUUUAAGCAACCUGAAAGUGCUUCUCAGUAUAUAGAUGUAUAGAAACAUCUAUAUUCUCUUUAAAAUCGAAUUUUAUCAGGGGAAUUAAAUGCACUCUGAGACAAAAAGAUUGUCACUGAAAAGUUGUCACUGGGGCAGUACCUUUCCAAAAGGUAUACUUUUGUACUUUAUUUACCCCUAAAGGGUGGAUAUUAGUGUCUUACUGUAAAUGCUACAUAUUAGUAUCUUUUAAAAGUGUACCACUUCACCAAUAGCAUUUGUAACUUUUUUGUCUGAGAUGUGCAAUAUAUAAGAAUUAAUUUGGAUUCUCUAUGCAAAAUGAUUGCUGAAAAAGCAAGUGUACAAGGUGUACGGAGCCAUAUUGUAACAAAUUACAAAUAAUUGAAGGAUACUUAUGAGUCUUGGCAUAUUUCUGCAUUUUACAUUUAACUUACUUUGUUUUGAGGAGAAAAUGAAUACUGCUGUUCUGACAGCCUACAUUUCUCCAGACUGUCUUUUGAAUCAUUACAGAGAAGCAGCUCUUCAUGUAAACGUCAAUGUGCUUUAGAAUCUAAAUUAUAUUGAAAUACUAUAUUUUAAACACAAUUGUCUGGAACAGUUGGUAUUAGUAAUACCAAAUACGGCCUUCAAAGGUUAAAUAAUAAUAAAAUGUGGUAUAAUGUACAUCUACUCAUGGCGUUGGUUGUGUAGAUGCGACUUUGUUUGCUUUGCUGUUUUAUCCACUGAAGUAUGACCCUCACUCAGAGCAGUUCACUCUUACAUAACUCCAGUACCUCAACGCUGCUAUAGCUUUGGCAGUCAGCUUAUUUAUAAAACUGAGAUGUAGUUAUAAUACUUAAAGUUAUAGGUGUCCGAAAAAUAAAAAUGAUGUCAUUAUUCACUCACCCUCAUGUUGUUCCAAACCUGUAUGCGAUUGUUUUUUUUGUUUUUUUUUGGUGAACAAUCCCUUGGCUAGAUUUAAUGUCAGUAAUGUUUAUUUGUCAUGUGAUUUAAAUUCAGUUCAGUCAGUUUCCGGGAACCUGUAUUUUUUAUCUCUGGAGACUGAACAUGUUUAUAACACUGAGGUAGAUUGUAAAUCUGGGGAUUUCCAUCUUAUUGUUAGUGGACUUUUUGCUGCUGUUUGGUGAUUUAACCUAGCAAAAACUAAAUCUUAGGAAAGCAAAUAAUAUUAAAGCAAAUAAUGCAGUUUUGUCAGGGUUUUCUUAUGCUUACUACACAAUGUUAUGUUUCUGUAUUAGUGGGGGAUAUUUUUAUAGGCUGUUUGUCUGACAUGUCUUUUUUCCUUUUGUUGAAACAAGUCUAAUUUUCAGUAUGCAUGAACAUAAGAGCAUCCAACUGUACAAAUUAAAUUUACACAAAGC